CGAUCAGUAAAGGCUAGUGGGAUGAUGGUUGCCUUGAAGGAUGUCAAAUGCUGGGCUGAUCUCCUAGAGGGGAUCGAAUCACUAGGUGCGUUGAUCAGUAAAGGCUAGUGGGAUGAUGGUUGCCUUGAAGGAUGUCAAAUGCUGGGCUGAUCUCCUAGAGGGGAUCGAAUCACUAGAUGACGAAGAGGCGAUGGCUGAGGCGCUCAAUUUUUUCCAGAAGCAACGCCGUCCUGCUCACGCCCUGGCUAUCAACAUCUUCGCUCAGUGCGUCAAAACAGUCCUCUUCACGAAAGACAGAUACUUGUCAAAGCUUCGGCUAGGAGGUUACCACUAUGUCUUGCUUGGUGGUGAAUGCUUGGACGGACCACUGCGUAUUUAUGGCGGCUUGGAACCUCGACCAACCUUGCUGCUCUAUCACUUCCUGGCCUUAAAUCUGUACACCGCUUACUACCUCCUCAAAUCGGCACCGUGGUACGCCAAACCUCUUGCUCUCCUGGACGGCCCGCUCGUCUUCAUUCGCUCAUCCGUUAUGUUCUUCUCCCUUUGGCUAUCUGAAUGCAAAUCCGUGACCAAGUCCUAGCAUGGCUCUCCUGGACGGCCCGCUCGUCUUCAUUCGCUCAUCCGUUAUGUUCUUCUCCCUUUGGCUAUCUGAAUGCAAAUCCGUGACCAAGUCCUAGCAUGGCUCUCCUGGACGGCCCGCUCGUCUUCAUUCGCUCAUCCGUUAUGUUCUUCUCCCUUUGGCUCUCUGAAUGCAAAUCCGUGACCAAGUCCUAGCAUGGCUCUCCUGGACGGCCCGCUCGUCUUCAUUCGCUCAUCCGUUAUGUUCUUCUCCCUUUGGAUCUCUGAAUGCAAAUCCGUGACUCAGUCCUAGAAGUAGAAACCUAAACUGUACCCUAGACGUUGAAAUGUGUUGUUCCGUGCAUCGAAAUUGGUUCGGUAAUGUUUAAGGUAGUUUUCAGUUGCGACAGGAAAGGGCAAAUCCGUGAAGGAUUUUGAGUAGUUUUAAUUUACACACCACUAAAAAUUACUUGUUUAUGAUGUAGCCUCCAAACUAAAGAAUAUUUGAAAUGAGUUUCAAAGAGUAACAUUAAGUGGUUGGGAAAAGCUCUCUCCCUAGUCUUAACAUGUUUACAGGAGAUUUCACUAUUGAACGGAUAUGUAUAUUAUGUACGAUUUAAAACUAUCCAUUUAGGAUCUUUGGAAGAAAAUGGGGCUGCACCUGCACCUUCACAUAAGAUUCUUUCUUUUAUUUAGGUAUUUAAAAAUGUGCCCCCCAAAAAUACCUUUGUGAAAAAGACGAGGAGUUGUAGUAUAAAGGAUAUUAGUGAAUUGAGAAGUAGCGAUAUAAUAGCUUUUCACAUGAUGUUUAUAUAUCAUCAUUCUACAGGAAGUAAUUCUAAAUAAAUUCUUCAUUUAGAUUUCACUCUAUAUAAUUAUACUCAGAAGAAAAAUGUAUGAAAAAAAAACUUUACUAGAUUCAUUGCCAUCUCACAUUCUGUCAUAAAUGGAAUACAUUUGUUAUCUGCAUUAUUUGAUUGGUGUAUUAAUCGGUGUAUUAAUCAGUAUAUUAAUCGGUAACAUAUUAUUUAAAAGACAAAAUCAUCUUUGUUUGAUCAAAAUCGG